UCCAUCUGGACUGCUAUUUCACCACACCAUUUCUUUGUGUCAAUUUAUCACUCUCAGCGUUACAAUGUCACGUGUUGCAGUAUUAAUUGUGAAAUUUAAAAAUUUCGUAAAACAAAAAUUAGCUCUCUUAAACGCAUACUCCCUCAUGGACCCUUGUGAUCCGACCGCGUUAGCUUUGUUUCGCAUAGCUUUCGGUCUUCUCAUGAUGCUGGACAUCCCCCUUGAACGCGGCCUAGAAGAUGCUGAUAUUCGGUUCGGGGAUCAAAAUUACUGUUUCUUUCCACUGUUUCCAUGGGUGAAACCGGUCCCCGUCGCAUUUGCUUGUCUACUCUACUCGGCCAUGUGGAUUGGAGCUCUUGGAAUUUGUCUUGGCUACAGAUUCAAACAAUCCUGUAUUUUGUACCUCAUCCCCUAUGUCUAUUUUUUCAUUUUGGAUAAAUCUCGCUGGAAUAAUCACUCGUAUCUCUUUAUGCUAUUUGCAAUCCUACUCAAAGUGGGAGGGGCUGGGGAAAGAUUGUCCCUCGACAGCUUAAUAAACAAGUACCCCCCGCAAACUGUGCCCAGAUGGAACUAUGCAAUCAUAAAAUUUCAGAUCUUCAUCCUCUACUUCUUUGCAGGGAUUAAGAAAUUAGAUUCGGAUUGGGUUUCCGGAUGGUCUAUGAGGAAUUUAGGAAAACAUUGGGUUUUUGGAGGUUUAAAACCAUUCCUAGACCAACAGCACAUUGAAUUCUACUUUAUCCACAUGGGUGGUUUAUGCUACGAUUUGGGGGUCGGAUUUCUUCUUAAUUUUCAACGGACCAGAAAACUUGGAAUUUUGAUUUCUAUCUUAUUUCAUGGGAUGAAUGCAGCGAUUUUUGACAUUGGAAUGUUCCCGUACAUCUGUCUGGCUUCCUUAAUUCUCUUCAGAAAUGCGGAUGAAUGGCCAUGUUCCUGGUUCCGCAGCGGUCGGAGUGAAACCCUUAAGCCAAUUUCAUCCACACCAAAAAAUAAUGUUAUGAAAAAAUCAACACGCUUUUUAAUUUUUAUUUACGUUGGAGUGCAAAUAUUUCUCCCAUUCUCGCAUUCCAUCACCAAGGGUUUUAAUAAUUGGACCCCAGGCCUGUACGGCUACUCCUGGGAUAUGAUGGUCAACUCAUGGGAAACGCUGCACCAGAAAAUUAUUGUCAAGGAUGAGAUCACUGGACAGGAGAAAUUUCUGGAUCCAGAUGUCUGGGUGGCCAACGACCGAUGGAGUAGUCAUGCCGAUAUGGCGCUUCAACACGCCCAGUGUAUUGCACGGAACCUUGAGCGAUACAAUAUCAGCUCCAUAGGAGUUUACUUUGACAUUUGGAAAUCUCUUAAUGGUCGCUUUCAGCAGAGGAUAUAUGAUCCGAGGGUCAAUCUUCUCAAAGUACAUUGGUCCCCUUUCACCCCGGUUAGCUUUAUCCUCCCACUUCUCACGCAAUACUCACACUACAGAGAUUAUUUUUCUACGUUCUUCGAUAUUAAUGCCACCAGUGAUGUGAUAUUCGUGGCAGAUUAUCCUGGCCUGUUUCUUGAGAAUUUUCUUCCAGAGGAGUUGGUAAAUGUAACCAUAACGCUAAUCACUGGUGGAAUAGUUUUCGAAGAAAAUGGGAUCAAUUCGUCGCUGUCUGUUAGCGGUGAAGAACAUCCUGUGAAGAGUGGGAAGUUUCACAAGGUCUACUCAACCCACGAAUCACCUUCUUGUUACAUGUAUAGAUAUACUAAUGGGACCGAACAGCAAUCAAUGUAUGGCGAUGAAUCCUUAGAAAUUGAUACAUUGUCAGAAAUACAGGCUAAUUUUGUUAAAUUUAUGGCUUCAAAAGUCGAAAUAUUUUCGAGAAGCGUGUAUCUCGUUGCAAAUUCAUAUUUGAAUGUUUUGUUUGAUGUGCCAAUGGUGCUGCGGAGGAGAGAGUAAAAUGUAUUAAGGAAUCCAUUUCGUCAUUUAUUAAAAUUGUCAACAAAAUAGUAAAAAUUGGAUUAAAGCUUUCAUUCUUCUUAGCAACCAUUUAAAAAA